AUGGCGGCGACACGGGUGCUGCUACUCCUCUCCGGGCGCCCGGAGUCGGUGAGCUUCGCGCAGAGUGUGUGCGGCCUCCUGGGCGGGUCGGGGCUCGGGCCGUGGCCCACGCACUGCGGCCUGAAGCGCGGACAACUGGUCCUCUCGGACAAGCCUUUCCCAGGCGCGUCGGCCAGGCUUCCGCUCCAGCGACCCCCUUUCUGCCCUUUUGCGGCCCUGGACCAACAGCCCAGGGCUCCGGGGGUCGAGCUGCCCCCGAAUGGUCGAGGUGUGGAUCUGGGUGUGGCGGUCAUUCUGCAGUCCAGCGAUCAGACUGUUUUGUUGACGCGAAGGACAAGCACCCUCAAAGUUUCGCCCAACCUCUGGGUACCGCCAGGUGGGCAUGUGGAACCUGAUGAAGAGCUGCUGGAUGGGGGGCUUCGAGAGCUUUGGGAGGAAAGUGGACUCCAGCUGCCCCAGGGCCAGUUCUCCUGGGUCCCUCUGGGGUUAUGGGAGUCUGCCUACCCCCCUAAGCUGAGCUGGGGUCUCCCCAAAUACCAUCACAUCGUUCUCUACCUACUUGUCAUCUCCCAGGAGUCACAGCAGCAGCUCCAGGCCCGGAUUCAACCAAAUGCAGGAGAGGUGAGUGCCUUCAUGUGGCUGGGACCAGACAUAGCAGCUGCAGUGGCUGCCACAGAGGAUGGGACGGAGACCCUCAAACAUCUUCCCCAGGACCUACCAUCUUCUGUCCCUGCAGUGGAACUAGCAGAGAAUGGAGGAGCCCGCCCUCUGGCCUUGCCCACAUCUACCCUGCUGCGGACAACACCAGCCACGGCAGACCGAAGAGAGAGGGUCAGCUCUGGGACCAAGUUUGCCCUCACGCUCUGGCUGCAACAUCUGGGCAGUGUAACACCCCUACCACGAGGAAGUGGAGCUCACUUGGACCCAGGGCCAGCAAGGGAAGAACAGAGCAUGGACCUCCCUCCCCACCUCCCCACACCAGGGAUCUGGAAAGCCAAGUGCUUAA